AGCUAAUCAUGUCUCUUUGGGUUGCCUUCAUGGCUAUUUCUGUAUAGGAAGGUUUGCUCUUCUGAAGUGUGGCUGCAUUGGAUAGCAUGACUAUCUAUCCACCCGCUCUGAUUCAUAACAGCAUACGGUGCAAAUCAAACCGAAAUGCUAAAGUUUCCCAUUUAUUCGGUGUUGGUUAGCCAGGAGGCUACCAGCAACCCUGGAGAUAGCGACACCUUGUUAGGAAGUCAGCUCCCUUCCCAGGAUGUUGGAACCUUUAAACGAGGGUUUUCUUUCUAGAGUCUCCGAUCUGCUGCUGUGCAGAUGGACUUGCCGGCACUGCUGUCAGAAGUGCUAUGAGUCCAGCUGUUGCCAGUCGAGUGAGGAUGAAGUUGAAAUUCUGGGACCUUUUCCUGCCCAGACUCCUCCCUGGCUGAUGGCCAGCAGGAGCAGUGACAAGGACGGGGACUCUGUCCACACAGCCAGUGAUGUCCCGCUGACCCCACGUACCAACUCCCCAGAUCGAAGAUGUUCAUCCUCAGACACAUCUAAGUCUACGUACAGCCUGACCCGGAGGAUUUCAAGUCUCGAGUCCAGACGACCCAGCUCCCCGCUCAUUGACAUUAAACCCAUCGAGUUUGGCGUCCUCAGCGCUAAGAAGGAGCCCAUCCAACCCUCGGUGCUCAGAAGGACCUACACCCCGGACGACUAUUUCAGAAAGUUCGAGCCCCGGCUGUACUCCCUCGACUCCAACAGCGACGAUGUGGACUUUCUGACGGACGAGGAGAUCUUGUCCAAGUACCAGCUGGGCAUGCUGCACUUCAGCACCCAGUAUGACCUGCUGCACAACCACCUGACGGUGAGGGUGAUCGAGGCCCGGGACCUGCCACCGCCCAUCUCCCAGGACGGCUCACGCCAGGACAUGGCGCACUCCAACCCCUACGUCAAGAUCUGCCUGCUGCCAGACCAGAAGAACUCCAAGCAGACGGGGGUCAAACGCAAGACCCAGAAGCCGGUGUUUGAGGAGCGCUACACCUUCGAGAUCCCCUUCCUAGAAGCGCAGAGGAGGACCCUGCUGCUCACCGUGGUGGACUUCGACAAGUUCUCGCGCCACUGUGUCAUCGGGAAGGUGUCGGUGCCGCUGUGCGAGGUUGACCUGGUGAAAGGCGGGCACUGGUGGAAGGCGCUGAUUCCCAGUUCCCAGAAUGAAGUGGAGCUGGGGGAGCUACUUCUGUCACUGAAUUAUCUCCCAAGUGCUGGGAGACUAAAUGUUGAUGUCAUUCGAGCCAAGCAACUUCUUCAGACGGAUGUGAGCCAAGGUUCAGACCCCUUUGUGAAAAUCCAGCUGGUACAUGGACUCAAGCUUGUGAAAACAAAGAAGACUUCCUUCUUAAGAGGCACAAUUGAUCCUUUCUAUAAUGAGUCUUUCAGCUUCAAAGUUCCCCAAGAAGAACUGGAAAACGCCAGCCUAGUGUUUACAGUGUUUGGUCACAACAUGAAGAGCAGCAACGACUUCAUCGGCAGGAUCGUCAUCGGCCAGUACUCUUCGGGCCCCUCUGAAUCCAACCACUGGCGGCGCAUGCUCAACACCCACCGCACGGCCGUGGAGCAGUGGCACAGCCUACGGUCCCGGGCCGAGUGUGACCGCGUGUCUCCUGCCUCGCUGGAGGUGACCUGAGGGCUGCAGGGAAGGCACGUGUCGUUUGU